AUGCUCUCCUCGCGCGGCAUCAAGAAGGCCGAAUUGCCUAAGACUCCUUGGCGAUAUGCCCCUCCACAUACAUACAACAAGCAAAGCAACCCCGCGGGGCUGAUCUCAUUUGGCAUGGCAGAGCAUAUCCCAAUGCGGGCUGAGGUAGCAAAGUACAUCAACAACAAGGUCACAUUCACCGAAGACUCCGUUGGCUAUGGAUCCAGCUCCUCGGCUCCCAAUCGUUUGCCAAAUGCAGUGGCCGUCCACCUUAACAAUAUUCUACAGCCGCGUUCACCUGUUGACCCAGACACAGUCAUCGUCGCCAGCGGCAUCACGGCCAUCGGGAGCAUGCUCGGCUUCGCCCUGGCCGAGCCCGGGGACGGUAUCCUAGUCAGUCGACCGGUCUACGGCCGCUUCGAGCUUGACUAUGGCGUCGAAGCAGACGUGCAGAUCGUGUACGCAGAUACGGAUCCCGAGGAGGCGUUUACCCCCGCCGUGGUGGAGAAGUACGAGGCGGCGCUUCAACGUGCAGAAGACGAGGGCACCACGAUCCGGGCAGUGUUGAUUGUGAACCCGCAUAACCCUGUCGGACGCUGCUACCCAGCCGAAACACUGAAAGCAAUCCUCCGGUUCUGCAAUAGACACAGUCUCCACCUCAUCAGCGAUGAAGUCUACGCAUCCUGCGUCUUCGACUCGGGAGACCCAAGCGCAGUCCCUUUCACCUCCGUCUUAUCUAUCGCUACGCCUGAACUGAUCGACCCUGAUCUCGUCCACUUACUCUACGGCUUCAGCAAGGACUUCGCAGCUGGAGGCCUCCACCUCGGCUUCUUAAUCACGCAGAACACGGCCCUCCGUCAAGCUUGCAAAGCCAUAUUGAGGCUGCACAACGCCUCAACAGCCUCCAUAACAAUCGGGACAACCAUCCUCGAAGACCAAGACUUUAUCACCCAGUUCACCCAAAGAGCCCGCCAAAGCCUAGCAUCGACAUACCGACUCGCCACGACAACACUCGACCACGAAGGUGUCAAUUACGUCAAAGGAGGAAACGCCGGUUUCUUCAUCUACGUCGACCUCUCGCCCUACCUUCCGUAUCCUGGUCGCCCGGUCCGGGAGCGCGAGUUUGCCCUGGCGCAGAGGUUCCUGGAUGCUGGAGUGUUUUUGCAUCCGGGGGAAGAGCAUGGGGUGGAGGCGGGGUGGUUUAGGCUUGUGUUUGCGCAUGAGGAGGAGGUUUUGAGGGUGGGGUUGAGGAGGUAG